GUUUUGCUGGCAGCUGGGGCUUAGAGCGUUAUUUCUGAGGGCCCUUGAAACAUUUUUGUUUCUAGUUUAUAUCGAAGGCCUCGACUUCGUGUUACAAGGCUUCAUAUCCUACUUUUUCCUUGAGCUCGGCUGUCUCGGAGAACUGCAGGAGGGGAGAUGGUUAGGAUACUUCGCAAUGCCGCUGUGGCUUGCGCUGUGGCUGGUGCCGUGAAUGCAGCGACACCGGAGCAAUGGAGGUCAAGAUCAAUCUUUCAGGUUCUUACUGAUCGAUUUGCUCGGUCGGAUGGGAGCACCACGGCCUCGUGUAAUACAGCGGACGGGAACUACUGUGGAGGGUCAUGGCGAGGAAUCAUCAACCAGCUUGACUACAUACAGAAUAUGGGGUUCACCGCAAUAUGGAUCUCUCCCGUCACCUACCAGAUCCCGGAACGCACGGUGUUCGGUUAUGCAUAUCACGGCUACUGGCAGGAGAAUCUGUACAUGCUAAAUGACCACUUUGGUACCGCGGAUGAUCUCAAAGCACUCAGCCAGGCGCUCCAUGAUAGAGGAAUGUAUCUCAUGGUCGACGUGGUCCCGAAUCACAAUGCCUGGAACGGUAGCGCAGACGCCGUCGACUAUUCCAGAUACUACCCCUUCAACGACAAGAAGUACUUCCACGACUAUUGUCCAAUCAGCAAUUACUCCGACCAAACCAUGGUCGAGAAUUGCUGGCUAGGCGACAGCAACGUGGAGCUUCCGGACUUGAGGACCGAAGAUCAAGCCGUACGUGAUGAGUACAACAACUGGAUCAAGGAGCUGGUCUCCAAUUACUCGAUCGACGGCUUACGUCUCGACACUGUCAAACAUGUCGGUAAAGACUUUUGGUCGUCUUUCAACCAAGCAGCAGGAGUCUUCUGCACUGGCGAAGUCCUAGCAGGAAACCCGGAUUACGUCUGCGACUACCAGAACUACCUGGACAGUCUCCUAAACUACCCGGCUUACUACCCCUUUAUGGGCUUCCUCAACUCUACACAAGGAAAUACAGUCUCUUUACUCCGGGCCGUCGAACAGCUAAAGACAGAGUGCAAAGACGUCUCCGUCCUCGGCACAUUUACCGAAAACCACGAUCUCCCAAGAUUCGCAUCCCAAACCCAAGAUCUAUCCCUUGCAAAGAACGCGCUCGCGCUUACCAUUCUCUGGGAUGGCAUACCGAUCGUCUACGCCGGCCAAGAACAGCACUACUCCGGCUACGCUGACCCUGCCAAUCGCGAGGCUACAUGGCUGGCAAAGUACUCGCGCCGCUCGCCUCUCUACGAGCUCAUUGCGUCCGUCAACCAAGUCCGCAACCAGGCCCUGUCUAUCGACGCCAACUACGCGACAUACAACGUCUGGGCGAUCUACAAUGACACCAACACGGCUGCGCUCCGCAAGGGGUUUGACGGCAAGCAGAUCAUCUCCGUCUUCACCAAUAAGGGGAACAGCUCUGCGAGCUGGACGCUGAGUCUGGGGAACACGGGAUGGAGUGCGGGAACUACGGUGUAUGAGAUUUUGACGUGCAACCAGGUCACUGUCUCCGGCGAUGGGACUCUCGCGGUCCCCAUGGAGGAGGGCGUUCCCCGGAUAUACUUCUCAAUGCAGGCUGCGAGUGGGAGUGGGAUCUGUGGGAGCAUGGCGGACGGAACGACGACGGGUGCUGCCGCGCCUAGCUCGACGAAGGAGAGCGUAGGAGCUGCGGGCCGGAAGGCUAAGAAGACAAGGAAGCAGGUGGCUGCUGUCGCCGGUGCCAUUGCUGCGGCUGCGGGUGCGAUAUAAGAGUCUCAGACGGUGGAUUAUGGCCAAUCUCCGCUGUGUUU